AUGUUUAGGUUCUUCAGUACUGUCCCCCGAAAAGUACAUUUGUGCAAAUGGCACAGAAAUUCAACGCUUAAUAACUUAAGGACCUUCCUUUCUCAAGCCUACUAUUGCGAUGAAGUCUGGGACCGAAGACUGAACAGUCCUCUGCUACAAAAGGUAAAUUUGGAUGAAUUAUACUAUGAAUUGGACCAAAGAUACCAAAAGACACGACAAAUAAGUGCUGUUGAUGUAGACAUAUUCACCAAUGCAGUCAAAACUUCAUCAUAUAUGGAUGAAAUGUUGGAUCUUACUCAUAAACUACGACUAUCUGCUGACUCUUGCAACACACUGGAUUCAACCCCUCAUGCAGUUGUGAGGAAUUUGAUGAAAUACGAUCCUACAGAACUGCCUAAUAUAGUAGAUGACAGACUAAAUUUUGGUAUAUUUUUGGAUUACCACACUGCUAACUUGUUACUCGACAAAUAUUGGAAGGAUAAGAAUUAUGCUGCUGGAGCUAGGGUUGCCCAACAGUUCAUGUUACAAGAAGAAAUGGAACAUCCUGCAACUAAAGCAUUAUCUUUAUUACAUUGUUAUAACUAUCUUCUAAAGCCAGAAGGUUGGAGUGUUCCAGAACCUCCCACAGAACCAGAAGAAGAAGUCAAAAUUAGAGUCAAAUACCUUAGAAAUCCAUAUGAUGAUGAUCACUUUGAUCUGAGAGAACCAAACAAAAUUGUAGGAAAAAGUUUAGCAAUGUUCACAAAGCAAUCGAAAGAUCCUCUAAAUAAGUCACUGAAUUUACUGGGUUGGGCUUUAUAUGAAAAACCUGACAAGUUAAAGAGAAGUUUAGAAGAAUGCAAAAGCAACAAUAUUGAGGUAUAUAAAGAAAUAGUUGAUCAAAUACCAGAAUCCCUAAGGGAUGAGCUUCAAGGUGUGAAAACUGAAUCAGCUAAUGUUCAGCAGAUAUUAGAAGACAAUGUAAAAACUGCAGUACAGAAGACAUCUGAAAGUGACAUUGCUGAACAAUGUAAAACAUUUGAAAAAUGGGAGACCGAAAGACAGGCGGCCUUACAAGAACAAAAACAAAGAUUAUCUGUGGCACAGAGACUUUCAAAUAUUGAGGGAUUAAAGAAAGAACUUGAAGAAAAGGAGACAAAACUUUGGUUCUUUGAGAAUGAAGAAAAGAUUGAACUUGGCAUUGAAGCAAAGAAAGUUUACUAUCCAAAGAGGUGGUUUGGCAACAAGAAGAAGCCUAGGAAAGUUGAUGAAGGCUAUGUACCACCAGAAAUUUAA